GCCCAGUCACUGAGUCCCCUUUCCGUAGUCCGAGCCUGCUCGUCGCCGACUCCCGCGCGACUGCCAUUUCUCUCGUUGUUAUCAGAACAGGACAGGAAAGCGCAAGCUCCACCAUCAGGCUCAACAAAGCAAGCUGAGCGACCGAUGCUCAUCCCGAUCUACACGAACCUCUAACGCAACAACGCGAGUCGUCUCGACACUCGCUAUUGCCUCUCAACAUGUCGACCGCUGCCAUCAUAACAGAUCGCCCUCAAACGACCCCCUCGCGACAGCCUUCGCAGUCUCAGACGCACACGAUGAAUGCCCACGCGCGCUCGGCCUCGGCCUCGGCCUCUGCUGCUGCUGGUCAGCUCGCGAACGUUGCUAGGAACGACUAUGAGCGAUCAAACGUAGCACACCAAUCUUCUGCGACCCGCCAACGCGCCGAUGCGCCCACACGCUCAGACUCGACGAGAAACACCGCUCCGCCCAGUCAGUCGAGAUAUCAUUCCCAAGACUUGGCCUCUUCUGCUUCAAAUGGCACCCAUGCUGCCCCAGCCGCAGGAACAAACCUUCGCCGAAGAACAACAAUCGAUGCAACCACUGGUCACUGGGAUCUGGGAAAGACCAUCGGUGCGGGCAGCAUGGGUAAAGUGAAGCUGGCUCGCAAUAAGGAGACUGGUGAACAAGUUGCUGUCAAGAUCGUCCCUCGCCAGUCGACCGACGAGCACCGUAAUGCCCAAGACCGCGAAAGAGCAGACCAUUCAAAGGAAGUGCGUACCGCCCGUGAAGCCGCUAUCGUCACCCUGGUCGAUCACCCCUAUAUUUGCGGUAUGCGGGAUGUCCUCCGCACCAACUACCAUUGGUACAUGCUAUUUGAGUAUGUCAACGGUGGCCAGAUGCUCGACUACAUCAUUUCGCAUGGCCGUCUGAAGGAGAAGCAGGCGCGUAAGUUCGGACGUCAAAUCGCAAGUGCCCUCGACUACUGUCACCGCAACAGCAUCGUACAUCGAGAUCUCAAGAUUGAGAACAUUCUCAUCAGCAAGACGGGAGAUAUCAAGAUCAUUGACUUUGGUUUGAGCAACACCUUCUCACCCAAGAGCCUCCUAAAAACCUUCUGUGGCUCGCUUUACUUCGCCGCCCCUGAGCUUUUGCAGGCAAAGGCUUAUACUGGUCCGGAGGUCGAUGUCUGGAGUUUUGGUAUCGUCUUGUACGUCCUGGUCUGUGGAAAGGUACCAUUCGACGACCAGAGCAUGCCGCAAUUGCAUGCCAAGAUCAAGAAAGGAGCAGUCGAGUAUCCACCUUGGCUGAGCGCAGAAUGCAAGAAUUUGAUUGCACGCAUGCUUGUCACUGAUCCCACACAACGAGCAACCCUUGCCGAGAUCAUGGUCCAUCCCUGGAUGACGAAGGGAUUUGGUGGUCCGCCGGAGAAUUAUCUGCCGCCUCGCAAGGCACUACAGCUACCGCUGGAUCCUCGAGUGCUACAGAAGAUGGACGGUUUCGACUUUGGUACGGCAGAAUACAUUGAGCAGCAGCUUACGAAGAUUAUACAAUCCGAAGAGUACCAGAAGUCAGUUGUGGCGAUGGAACGCCGUCACCAGUCAGGCGUCUCGGAUUCACAAAACAAGCAAGGAGGCAUGUUUGACUUCUACAAAAGACGAAAGUCUACAACAAGUCGAGACACUCUUACCGGACCGUCCUCGGAAGCCGUCCAAUUAGGCACAGAUCCUCUGAAUGCCUACAACCCUCUGCUUUCGAUUUACUUCUUAGCCAAAGAGAAGAUAGAGCGCGAAGAGAGGGAAUCUAACCCAGGCGCGCUCUCGAUGCCGCGCUCGCCUGGAGAGAAGCCAUUGCAGCUGCCAGACCUCCAGCCACCGGCAGCUGCUUACACAAACACCGCCACCUACGAGAUGGCUGGAGAGGCGCCAACAGGAGGCAGGAGUCGUCCACGAGCUAGAACGCACGGCGAGGAUGAUCUGCAGGAAGACGCGAAGAAGGCCAGGUCGACCAACCGCGUGCCUCCAGUACCAUCUCCUGCAAUUGUCCUUCCUCCACCCGAACACACGCCAAUCAAGAAGGAGAGUGCCGCAGUUGGUCUACUCCGUAGAUUGAGUACUAGACGGCACAAGGAUCCUGAAAGACCCGCUCCAGCAGCGACAAACGACGCGUAUACGACUCCGCGAAAGAGCUUCAGCAUGAGGAGGCAACGAGACACAAGCGCGAAUAGAUUGCAGGCGGAACCUGUCGUCGAAAAACCGACCGAGCUGCUUACGCCAACAGCCGAGCGUACCGGUCUUGGUCGCUCCACCAGUGUCAGUGCGGCUGAGCAUAAUCGCAACAACUCACGCCGAGGUGUCUCAGAAGGGUCGACCGCUCGACAAACAGCAGUCACUCCACAGCCCACCAGACGCGCUGAUAGACAGUAUGGAGACGCUUCUUCAGAUGCUGAACCUUCGGCUCCCAGAACAAUGCCUCUCACCUCACGAACAAAGUCCAUGGGCCACGGUCGCAAGGAAAGCUUCCAGGCACGUCGGGCUCGAAGAGUGGAUAAUCGUACAGAGGACGUGCCAGAAGAGACCGACCAGGACCUUCGAGAAGUAGAGGCAGCUCGAUCGGCUAACAGCACCAGUGAGAGCCCGAACGGCAUCAAGCCUGUUUACCUGAAGGGUUUAUUCAGUGUAUCAACAACCAGCUCGAAGCCUCUGGCCGUGAUUCGUACCGAUAUCAUCAGAGUUCUGAAACAGCUCGGUGUCGAAUAUCGCGAGAUCAAGGGCGGGUUCAGUUGUAGACAUGCUCCUAGCAUUGACAUGGAGAAACCGAGAGAGGAGCCAGCAAUCGGGCCUGGAAGCCACAGACGCAAGAUUAGCUUUGGCGGUUUGAUCAGCGGAAGUACGGCCGAGCCCACAACACCUACACCACCGCGGUUCAGACGUGACAAUAGCUACACUGCGAGCGACAGUUCAGACGAUGAUGGCGAGGAGAGAAGGGUCCGCGGACAACAGCACAAUCGAGCUGCUGGUGAAACAUCGACACACGUGCAGAGCGAUCUUGGACAAGGCAUGGUUCUCAAGUUUGAGAUAUUCGUGGUCAAGGUUCCUCUGUUGAGCUUGCACGGUAUUCAGUUCAAGAAGGUGGAUGGUGGUACUUGGCAGUACAAGAACAUGGCGCAGACCAUUCUGAACGAGCUGAAACUGUAGAAAGGAUUGAGAUCGGCGGAGGAUGUAAUGGAAGGUACGAGUAAAAGACGGCAUAUUAGGCGUUCUAGCAAGCAGGCAGGUGUUUGGAUUAAAGACGAAGCAGAUUUAAGGACUUAAUUAUAGGAGUCUCAUGGCUCGAGCAGCAUGAAUAUGGAGCCAAGAGGCAGAAGAUGUGAAGCAUAACUACCACUUUCUGCUUCAACCGUACCUAUGCAAUCACGACUUGUUCGUUCACUUCGGUUGUCAGGUAUCUGCUUGCAAUUGUUCUCGACGGAAACGCACAGAAGAUGAAGAUGCAGUGAAG